UGACGGGUAUCUGAUUGAAUUAACAUCUAUUUGAAUGUAUCAUCAUGCAGUUCAGGCACGUGAGACGACACGCUUCGUUACGUAACAUCGCCUCUUCGCUUGAUUGAACAUCUGACAACAUCAACCGAGUAAUCAAUACUCUAUACAUCAACGAACAUUGCGAAAGAAAAACAUAUUAUAGAUACGAAUUGCAUCCGUCAAUCCAACACAGCCAUUUAGCAUAAGUAUUUUAUUUUAUCUAUUCUGGGUCUAAGGCCAUAUACAUCAUUCUUGAACCCAUCUGUUGAGCGAUCUCCGACCUUAACGGAGGAAGGAUACAAGAGAAAGAGAUGUCGUAUAUGCCUUAUGGAUUUGUGCAACUUCAAGAUGUUAUUUUAUGAACAUUAUAUCGCCUAUUUAGAAGGACAUGACUGGAUGAUAUAACUUUUCAGUAUCGGUUAAUGAUAGGAAACUUUUGACUUGAAUACCUGGGACAUUUACUGGAUUUAUUUCUUCUGGACUAAAGCAUCAUGGAGCCCCUGGAUGACCAGACAAAUAAAGAGAAAAUAAGGCAUCUAUGUGCGGCAGUACAAGCUGGUCAGCUAUCGGAGAUUGAGGCAUUACUCCAAGAAGGGAUGUAUAUAAACGUAGACGAGGGUGGGAACAUGUUGGCCAAGUCCUUAUAUCGUAAUCUUCUGAUGUUAGCUAUUGAUUCAGUCCAAGUCGAGGCGGCUAAACUGCUAAUUGAGAAGGGCAUUGAUGUCAACCAUAAAACAUGGGGUGUAAAUGGCAAACAGGGAGCCAGAGACAUGGCACAAGAGUCUGGGCUUCUUGAGAUUGUUGAUAAGAUUGACUGCAGGUUACCAGUGUCAAAGCGUUUAUUUCAUGCAGUGGUUGAUGGUCAGCAAGAUAAAGUAAAUAAUCUUUUACGGCACAUCGACGCUGAUAUGAACAUGAAAGUGGAUUUACACGGUGACAAAGCAGCUGGAUGUAGCGCGUAUACUCUUCUCAUGAUCGCACUGAAGAACGGCCAUGUUGAGAUCGCCAACGAGCUCAUUGAUCACGGCAUCGAUCUAGACUUCGAACAUCAGGAAUGGGAUCGCCCAGAUGAUACCAGUGAUGAAAUCAUGGUUGAGUCUUAUGACGCAAGAAAACUUGCUAUGGAUACGGGUAUGGUAGGCGUGGCUAAAGCUAUUGAUAAACGAAAAGGAGCAGUAGCCAAUGGUCAUGAACCAGUGUCACCGUCAAAUGGAAUCAAUCAUAAGGAGCAAUCUGAUGUGGAGGUGAAUUCUAACCAUGCUAACACUAAUACAACUCAAUCACAGAUGCCUACUAACACCCAGAAAACAACUGCACCAACUCAAGUUAAAGCCUCCGGAUGUGCAUGUGUCAUUUCUUGAUGAUGGCAUCAUUCAGCGAGGAAAACUCUUUUAAAAAGAGGGGCAUCGAAAUGAUUAUAUGAACACUUUCAUUCAUUGUUCAUCUCUUUCAAGAACAUGGAACCCGUGUUCAAUCGUAUAUUCAAACACGAUGACAUUCUCCGACGGAUAAGAAAAAAAUAAAUAGUUUAAAUUUCCAUCUGGGGGAAAAAGUCAUAGACGUUUGAUGAACUAUAUUAAAAAAAAUCAUCGGUUUACAUCUUCCACAGAAGUGAUACAACUCUGUUAAUGGCACAACUCUAUAGUUCGAGACAAUAUUGUUUGCUCGUGUGUUUUAUUUUGCAUUUUCAACCGCAGUUAUCCAAGUAAAGUAUGCGAUCUGUCAAUCAAUCUUUCUAUAUUUCCAUUCAUUCGUAAAUCCAUCUAUAUAUCAAUUAAUCAAUCGAGAAUAAAAUAAACCAGAUAAUUGCCUUUUUAUUAUUCAAACGAUUAUUGCCCAUUGAUCAUUUUUUAAUGGUCACUUCUAAAGAACGGAUGCAAAUACUGUAUUAGCUAAUACAAUACAAUAUGAAUGAAAUGUUAAUGAAAAUUAUUUCUGGGAAAUUCAUGGAAAUAAUAUAGAGUGUAAUUUGGACAAGAAUUUCAGCAACUUGCUCCAUCACGAUAAAGUCACGUGAUGGUGCUGAUGAUAGUGCAAUAUGAGAUGUAAUCUCCAUUGGCAAAAUUCUAUGAUCGGUUAAUCAUCUCAUUUUUAUUAUGUAAAUCAGUAUUUUAAUGAUUACAUUACUAAUUUAUUCAAUAUGCGAACACUACAGAGGUUUGUGUGAUUAUAUACUAGUGAGUGUUGAUCGUAUGAAAAUGAUUUGUCUAAAAUUGUGUUCAAUUUGUGUCCUUUUUCAAUUACUCUUCCUUCCUUUUCACCCUUUAUUUAAAUCUUCAUCUACUAUUCCCUUAACUUCUCCUCAUUCUCCUCUUUUUCUACUUCUCUCCUCCUCCCCAUUCAAAAAUCCUUUCUAACCAUCCUUCUUCUUUUACUCCUCCUCUUAACUAUUCAAAUACUUCUGCUUCUCCCCUUCUUUUUAUUCAUCUAAUAACCAUGCACCCCCCCCCCUCCUUUCCUUCUUCUUCUACUCGGUUGACAGUUAAUUGUCCUUUGAAUUUUCGAUAGUGCAACCAUAUCGUGUUCAGGCCUAUGACUUUGUAUAAAUAAUGAUGUAUAUAACUGAUACUUGUACAGAAUUAUGAUCCUGUGUAUUUAUAUAUAUAUUGAUCAGAUCACCAAAGAAAAUAAAUAUAGAUUACACGAAAAGUU